CGGACAUCGUGGAAGAACCAACGGAGGGAGGGAGGAGGGAAAAAGAAAGCAGGGGAAAGAAAGAAGGGAAAAACCCAAAGAGGGAGAGAAGAGAGGUGUGUACUGCAGGUUCAAGGUGCACCGGUCCAUCCAGAAAAACAGUCCGACAGGAAACACGUGAAGGAACGGUCCGUCCGGAUCACCACCCUGAUCUCUGCCAGGUUAAAAGAAGAAGACGUAGUUAAUGGUUAAAUAAGUAUUAAGACUUAUUAUUAUGACUUAUUAUAGUUUACCAGAGGACUCAUGAUAAGUUGACACUGAUUUUCACUGAGAAGAUGGACUUUUUAGAGAUGGAUUCUUUAAAGCUACAGUGUAUAAUAUGUGGAAGAACUUAUUCACUGAAUUGAAUAUACUGUCCAUAACCAUGUGUUCAUGUAUGAGUUAGAUAUAGAAACAUGAGGUGGACUCGACCGUGCGAGUCACCCUGUUUCUACGUUUGUUGAACUAAACGGUCCAGAAUACGACGCGUUUGCGUUGAAUUUUCAGACGCUGCCGGAAACCGGAUAUGGAAUCAGUGGUGCGCCUCCAUAAAGUGUCCCCUGUCGGUUGCUCAGUUGGUAUUGCAACUUUACAACCAAAUGCUGCCAGAAAACUAAGAAAAUUACACACUGAGGCUUCAAAUUCUUUAUUUUCUAUAUGUUGAUAUGUAAUGAAAUACGGGUAAUUUUACAGUGGAAAAUAUAAUCAUAUUGUAUGAAAGCAGCUGAACAUGUUGGUAUUUUAAUACUUUACACAUAAGAUUCAAUCAUGGUCUUUGAUGAUUGAUAUGUAUGGCUGUUUUUUAUUUUAUUUAAUCUUUCAUGUUAUUGUGUAGUCACCAGUAAAAGGACAAAACAACAUUUAAAAAGGACAACGGUUGGAAAGAAACUUACAAAAAUGACUUCUGUCAGAAUACUUUGGCUUAAUAGUGGAAAAUAACCUGAACAAAGAUGACAUGAUGGGAUUUGCAUCAUGCAAAGAACCUGUCAAUUUCCAUCCCACACAGAUAAAAACAACCCAAGGCAAAACUGUCAUUCAUCAUUAUUCUGACGGGACACCUGUUCACCAAAUAAAAAACAAAAUUUACAUUUACAUGCAUUCACUUGGCAGACGCUUUUAUCCAAAGCAACAUUCAAGUGAGGGACAAGCUUCAGUACAGGAAAUAAAUACUGCACAAGGCUCCGAAUCAUCAAACAUGUCAGCCAACACGUCCUCCAAUAUCUCCUUCCCUGUCCUCUGCUACUCAGACUCCACUGUCUAUCCUGAAUUCUUCAUGUGCCUUGAAAGAAACUCCGUUGGCGCGUCGCUCUUCCUCGCCUACACCGCCACCAAUCUCCUCAUCCUCCCUCUGUACUUCCUUGUCCUCUGGAUGGGUUUCUGUCGACGGAGACGUGAGGGCUCUGCUGCAUCCGAAACAACAAGCCACUCUGAUUUCAUCACCUACAACUUGGUCACCAUGGAGAUUAUCUGUGUUUUGGGAUUCCUCUUCUCCUGUUCUGCCAACUUCGUGUGUCGUCCUUGGAUGAUGAUCACUGGGUACUUUCUUUCCGCCGCCAUUUUCCCUGCACAGACUCUCUUUCACUGCCUGACUUGUGUGGAGCGCUACAUGGCUGUUGUUCACCCCAUCGCCUACCUGAAACUGGGAAAGUCGGGCAGGGUGAGGGUCAGAAACAUCAGCCUUGUGUGUGUUUGGCUGUUGAACAUGGGAGUGUCUGGUGUCAUCUUACUCUACUUCCCUCGGUUCCCCGCUGUUAUAUAUUUUUCCCUCAACGCAAUCAUCAUAAUUAUAGUGUCUUUCUGCAGCAUUUCUGUUCUGAAUCGCUUCUGGAACGUGGGUGGGCGUCGCGAGCGGAUCGACCGAACCAAGCAGAGGGCUUACCAAAACAUUCUCUUCAUAACAGGAACCCUGGUGAUGAGGUCGUCCGGACUCGCUGUUACCUCCACAAUUUUCGUCUUACAGUCAGAGAAUGAAAACAAUCAAUGUGUGGCGCUCAUUUGUGGAAAUUGGCUCUAUCUUCCUAGUAGCCUGGUUCUACCUCUGCUCUUUCUGCACAGAGCAGGAGCCCUGGCGUGUUUCAGUCGCAACACGAGCACGGCUGAAAACUACAUGACCUGAGAUCAGAGCGGUUAGAAUAGAUGUGAGAACAUUUAUUAUUUUAGAUAAACUGUGUAAUUCUCGGGUAAUUGAAUGUUUUGCGUGUGUUAAAGUGUAAAUUGUGGAAUGAAAAAAAACAAAACAUCACACCUCCACAUCGCCUACGUGGCUGAUGUGGAGGUGUGAUGUGUGUGUGUGCGUGUGUGUGAAUAAGUUUAUCUUUAUUAUUCACAUUAUUUAAGUAACUUAUGUACACACAUACAUACAUACAUACAGUAUAUUGUUUGCCUAGCUAUUAUUACUGUAGUUGUAUUUAUAUUGGUGUUAUUGUGUAUUUCAUUGUAUUGCAUAGAGUACACAGUGAUUCUGAAAUG